CACAAGUGUUAACUGAUCUAAUCUCAGAGAUGGCGAUGCAAUGCUAGAAAACAUCUCAUUUGUAAAUUCCAGCACCCCCGAAUUAUCUCCACUCAAGUUACCAACAAUCGGAUCGUCUUCUCAUACCCCGCCAUGGCUACUGUUACAUCAUCAAGCGCGACAGCUUCUGUCCUAAUCUCCUCACGAACCCCUUCUCGAACAGCCUCUGUCCCGAUUUCAUCACGAACCCCUUAUCUGCUCAUCUCCAACACUGUCCUAACAUCUCCCCACAUCAUCAAAUUCCGAACCCCAAACUCCCCACUCCUUUCUGUAAAAUGCUCUCCCGAUUCCACCACCAUCGUCGGCGAAUCUCAGUCUCCCGCUGCCAAUUCAGUUCAUUGCGAUGAAAAUCUCGACGAGAGCGCCGCUCUCGCGAUGUCGAAAAUCGGGUCGAGGGUUAGGGUUACGGCUCCGCUGAAGGUUUAUCACGUGCCUAAAAUGCCCGAGUUCGAGUUGGCCGGCCGAACCGGGGUGUUCAAACAGUACGUUGCGGUGCACAAGGGGAAGGAGAUCUCGGCCAACCUGCCUUAUAAAGUGGAGUUCCUGCUGGAAGGUCUGGACGGCCGCAAGGGACCCCUCAAGUUCUUCGCCCACCUCAGGGAAGACGAGUUUGAGUUUCUUGACUGAUCCCCCUCCCCCACCCACACCCCCACCAUUUCUGGUGAUUAUGCCCAAUUAGUGGAUUGAUUUGGAUAACAUGUACCGCUGCCUCUGUGAAUUGUGGAUAACAGAUGAAAUGCGUCUUGCUGUAUUCAUAUUAGCUUGUUCCCUUUGACGAAUUCACGAAUUGCAGUAGUAAUCCCUCAGUCCCUCCAUAUGAAAAUGAUCCCACAUUUCUU